CCUUUGGAUGAAACCCUGACUGAGAGUCUGAGUGGAACCCCCCUAACCCAGCCAGUCUCUGUGCUCUCUCCGCCUAUCCCCCUCACCCUCACCCUCACCUCGUAACUCUCUCGUCUCUCCCCUCACCUCGACAGUCGUCACUCUCAGUCUCUCACGGCCUCACCUCGUCGCUCUCUCAGUCUCUCACAUCGUCCCUUCACCUCGGUCGUCGUCGCGGUCCCGUGCCCCUGCCCUCUCUUCGCCGGCGGCAGAAGCAGACGGAACCGGAUCUGGUCCCUUGGGGGGUGGUGGUGGUCGUCUUCUUGCUUCUCACGGUCUCUGUCUCGCACCUGGUCUCGACCUCUCCCUUCCCUGCGCUCUUCGUCGCCGGUAGCAGAGGCAACAGAUCCCGGUGGGCUGGUCUUCGUUGUCGUCUUCUUGCUUCGAGCCUUGCCAUCAGCUUCUCCCUUGCCAUCAGCUUCUCCUUCGCCGUCAGCUUCCUUGGUGCAACCCGAUUUGCUACAGGAAAGCAAACAAAAGCAUCAAGAAGAAGGAUAUAGUGACACGUGUAGCUCCAUUCUGGAUUUUAAGGAGAUAAAAAAAAGAGUCAAGUCUGAUGAAUAUGUUGAAGCAAGCAGUCGGAAGAAUUUGGAAAAGCAGCAGUGGUUAUGCUUCAGAAGGAGGAACAAAAAUUUUGGCUUGGAGUUAUGUUCCUUCAUUCUAUUUCCACAAUACACAAGCUCAUACAGCACCUAGAAGCUUUUUCGGUGUUGAGGAUUUCCUUGAUGAUGACAACAGCAAACCUUACACUUACCAGAAAGGGAAGAAAUCAAAGAAUCCACAAAAACAUGUAUCAUUCAAACAAAGAACUGUUGCAUACAUGGAGCCUUUUACUCUUGAUGUGUUCAUCUCAAAGCGUUUUGUGUCGGCUUCGCUCACCCAUAGAGUGACAAGCAAACAGGUUGCAGUUUCUGGUACCAACUCCAAGGACAUAAAAGCUGUUCUUAAAUCUCGUUCAGACAUACCAGCUUGCAUAGCAAUUGGAAGGAUUUUGGCCGAAAGAGCAAGAGAAGCUGAUGUUUACACUGCCUCUUAUACUCCAAGGGAUAGGGAUAAAUUUGAAGGGAAAAUCAGAGCUGUAGUUCAAUCACUUAUUGAUAAUGGGAUUGAUGUCAAGGUUUAUCUUGAUUGAGUUAUUAACAUCUAUUUGAGCAAAACUUGCCAACUAAAUUAUUGAGAUUUUAGUUAGCGGUGUAGGUUUGGUUUGAUAAAGUUUUUUGAAGAGGUAUAAAUAUUUUUUUGUAUUUGAAAAAUAGAAAAAUCACGUGUUUUUGAAAGCAUGUAAGAGGAAGCUUUUUAAAGUUGUCGGUGUUUAUUA